AUGUCGGUAUUGAACUUCUCAGCUGUUAACCAAGUGAUUCAGAGGAGGAUGGAUGGAACAUUGAACUUCUACAGGCCCUGGGAUCAGUAUAAGAAAGGCUUUGGUAACCCUGACGGAGAGUUUUGGCUGGGACUGGAAAACAUCCACCAGCUGACCAAGGGGAAGAAGUUUGAGCUGAGAGUAGACAUGGAAGAUUUUGAUGGAAAGACGGCACAUGCCCAGUAUUCCUCUUUCUCCGUAGGCUCUGAGAGAGAUGGUUACAGACUGCAUGUUAGUGGAUACAUUAAAGCAAAGGCAGGAGAUGCAGGUGACUCUCUCACAUUCCACAAUGGACAGAAGUUCUCCACUUUUGACAGAGACCAGGACAAGCAAAGCAAACAGAACUGUGCCAGAAGAUAUCUUGGAGCAUUCUGGUAUAAACACUGUCACACUGCUAAUCCCAAUGGUGUGUAUCUGUGGGGGAAGCAUACCACUCAUUAUGCAAUUGGUAUAAAUUGGUAUCACUGGAAAGGUUUCUCUUACUCACUGAAAAAAAUAAGCAUGAAAAUCAGGCCAGUGGCGUAA